GCCAUGGCGCGCUCAAACACACCGCCGGUAAAAGCUAUCAGGUCGCACCUGAUGGAAGUAUGUAUUGUUAUUUUGCUGCUGGGCACAGUCGCUAUGGCAAAGGGGCCAGUUGCCGCGCCCGAUAAGCCCAUUCGCGUGUGUGUCCUGGACUCCCCGCCCACGGUGGGGCUCAAGGACGGUGUCAAGCUCAAGGAUGGUCAGUCGCUGACGCCAAGCGCUGCCAAGGACAACCUGCAAGGCAUGGGAAUCGAUAUGGUGGACGUCCUGUUUAACCAGAUCCUUAAGUGGAACUUCACAAUUGUCUACUACACCUUCGCGCAAAUGGGCUUCUCGCGCAUUCUCUACGACGUCCGUGUCCAGGAGAACUGCGAUGUUGCGGUUCAGUCGUUUUUCAUCUCCGCCAGUCGCGACCUGUGCACCAAGGCCUGCCCCCUGCCCGACAACAGCACAGUGCUGCAGUCCGACUCAGACUACGAAAAGUUCGCGUGCUGUGUGGAUUUCUCCCAGCCCUUCUACGACGGUGGCUGGACCAUCACCUCAAAGAUCUCCGACGGCUCCAACGUCAACUACUUCUCCGUGUUUUUCCAGCGCGACAUUGUGCACAUCAUCGCCGUUGCCGUGAUCACCACCUUCGUCAUCGCGCACGUGGUGUGGCUGGUGGAGCGAUGGGGCCCAGGCCACGUGCGGGUCGAGGAAGAGGACGCUGUGGUUGACCCCAACUCCGACCUUGCCUCCUCCGCCUUCUCCAGCAAGUACCUGGAUGCGCUACGUGACGGCGUGUGGUUCUCAUCCAACGUGCUGCUCAACGGAGUCAUUGCGCCCGAGAAGCGCAUCCGCACGCCGCUCGGCCGACUGAUCAUCACUGUGUGGGUGCUGUUUGGCAUCUUCCUGGUUUCGUUCGUGACCUCCAUUAUUUCGUCCACGCUGACGACCGCCCAGCUGUCAGCCAGCCAGAUCCUCACCGCUAACGACCUGGCCGGUCGCACGGUGUGCCUGGAGGAGGGCUUUUACAACUUCUUCUUUGACUCCAACUUUCCUGGAAUCGGUGUCUCCAAGGUGCUCGUGCCGCACCUCUCAGACUGCUUCGAGGAGCUCAAGGGUGGCAGUGCUGAGGCCGUGUUUGGCGUCCGUGACUACUCCAUUGACUACUUCUCCCAGGGCAAGGGCCGCGGUCUGCUGGUCUCACCCACCAUCUACCCGCAGCCGUACGGCAUGGUCUGGUCGCAGAGCUGGGAGUACGGCAGUGCCGUGAACGAGGCACUGCUGCUGUACCGCGAGGACGUGUACGCCACCACCCCCUCCUACCGCGACUCCAAGCGCCGCUGGUACGCCGGUGAUGCCAGCCAGAUCGCCUACGGAGGCACGGCCAAGCAGGCACAGAAGGUUUGGAACUGGGCCCUGGUGUACACGGCUGUGGGUCUGGUGGCGGUGUACGUGUGUCUGCAGGUGCUCGUGUACAUCGGCGGCCGCUUCGCACACGACGCGGCAGACGACGAGGAGGCUGUGCCUGCCACCGGCAGCGGCGACCCUCGCACUGACUCCGGCCACAGUGGCGCCAGCCUCACCCGCGCCAAGUCCGUCAAGGCCGCGCUCGGCACCUUCGCCAGCAAGAUGACCGCGCGCCAGCCCUCCACCCGCGUCACGCCCAACCACUCCACCGGACAGAUCGCCACCCCCUCCUUCACCGCACGCCAGAUGAUGCUCAGCAGUGGUGUAAGCGAGAAGGCGCUGGUUCUGCCUGGCAUGCCCACUGCCCAGAUUAUUGUCACUACUCCGUCGGGCGGCCUCAGCCGUAGCCGCAGCCAGAACCUGGGAAGCAGCGGCUUGAACGGAGUGUUGAAGGGCGGCGCCACACACUCCUUGGCAAGCCAGCAGCAGCAGGUGCUGGCCAGCAGCUCGAGCAUGAACGCGCGCGCCGCCCGGGAGCAGAGCAACGGCGGCCGUGUGCGCAUCCUGGCUGACUCCAGCAGCCUGCCGCCUGUGAGCGGUGGAGGUGGCGCGGACGGCGGCGGCAGCAGUGUGGUGGUGGCGGCUGACCUGGACGUGUGAUGAGGUGUGCGUAGUAAUGAGGUGUUCGUGAGGCAUGAGAGACCCCCGCCGUGCGCUGCAGAGUGGAGUGCGGGAGAUGUACGGAUGGGAGUGGAUGGUGUGGGAGCACCGCAUUGAGCUUGAGGUAGCUAGGCUGUGCCCGGCCGCUGUGUUGCCCGGCCGCUGCUGGUCCUUGGCCCUCUGCGCUUGCUCUUUGGUGUCGUUUUCUUCUUGUGCCCGUGGCUUACUAUUCGGCGUUUGCCAUGGUUGUUGUGUACGGCAUGCUCGCAGUAGCAAGCACUGGAUGGAGACUGACUGCGUGGGGGACGACUGGCGCGCGUGAGGACACAAACUUGUUCGAUGCUUAGUACAGUAUUAUUAGUACUGGCACCGCCGCACCGGGGCAACGUGUGAUGAGCUACCUACCAGGGCACAAAAUGGGUACUGCUGGGCGAAGUGGCACCGAUGACAGCAGUAGUCGUGGUACUGAUGCAGGCUACGGCAGACCGCUGUAUCCAUCAUCCAACCGUUUUUGCAUCCAUCCAAGGGGCAUGUGUACAAGCAUCCAAGGGGCAUGUGUACAAGCAUAGCUCGCAAAUAUUGAAUGAGCGGGAGGUGGAUGAAUUGACAGGCCGUGGGCCCAGACUCGAGGCCCCUAGGUGCGUGGCUGUUCAGGCGCAUGUGUCAGCCUGUGGGGGCAGGAAACGAAGGGAAAAGCGUGCGGCCCGGUGCUGUGUGCGUGUGCGUGUGCGUGUGCGCCUGUCAGCCUGUGCAUGUCUUUUGGUGCGUUGCGCAUGAAGUUGCACUGAGCCAACCUUCCAUUUGAUUCGGGCAUGCAGUUCCUUAUAAACUGUCACAGCGACGAUGGAUUCCUACGACGAUUUUGCAUGACGCACUGCUGGGGGGCUGACUCAUCCUUACUUCAUCCCAAUUCAUAUAACUGGAUGGACUGCUAGGUUUUCGGUACGUACGAGGCGAAUGAUGAUUGGCACGGCACUUACUCCCACUCGGGGGCAGGUAAUCUGACACGCACGCCGGCCGGCAGCUCGGGCGGGCCGGGCUGGUGUGAGAACCGGUAUCGGUGGGAUAAAGAUACCCCGGGGUGUAUGUGGCUGGCACGUGCAUGGGUCGGGCCGAGAGCGAACCUUGCCUGGAUACCGAUGAGGCAGCGUGUACGUAGUGCGCCGUACGUUUCUGAGCAAGCAUUCAUUCAAAUUGGCUUUGUAACACUUCGACAUAUACCAAUAAUAAGU